AUGUUUUCGCGUAAAUUAAAGUGUUACUCCUAUUUGUUACAAUGCGGUUCUAAAUCGAUACGUCUUCUGGCCGGCCGGGAAAAUAAUAUUGCCAAACCUUUAAACAGACCUUUGUCUACUGCUCAUGAUCGUGCAACCUUCACCAUCCGAGAUGGACCAGUAUUUCAUGGCAAGAGCUUUGGAUCAAAAUCUAAUAUAUCAGGUGAAGCUGUAUUUACCACAUCUCUUGUUGGCUACCCCGAAUCCAUGACCGACCCGUCUUAUCGCGGGCAAAUUCUCGUCUUUACGCAACCUUUAAUCGGAAAUUAUGGAGUGCCUUCUCCAGCGCGUGACUCUCAUGGUCUCCUCAAAUAUUUCGAGUCACCUAAUAUUCAAUGCGUCGGCAUUGUUGUUGCAGAUUACGCCGAGAAGUACAGUCACUGGACUGCUGUUGAAAGUCUAUCCGAAUGGUGUACUCGUGAAGGUGUCCCUGCGAUUUCGGGUGUUGACACCCGAGCUAUAGUAACGCAUCUCCGUGAGGUCGGAUCUUCUCUCGCGCGAAUCACUAUCGGAGAGGAAUACGACGCUGAUCAAGAUGAGGCCUUCAUUGAUCCAGAACAGAUCAAUCUAGUAAAAAAAGUUAGCACAAAAGCACCAUUUCAUGUAUCAUCUCCUGAUGGAGAUAUGCAUAUUGCCGUCAUAGAUUGUGGUGUCAAAGAAAAUAUCCUCCGAUCUCUAGUUGGUAGAGGUGCGAGCGUCACAGUUUUUCCAUACGACUUUCCCAUACAUAAAGUGGCACAUCACUUUGAUGGUGUAUUUAUUUCUAAUGGCCCAGGUGAUCCCACACAUUGUCAAGAAACGGUUUAUCAUCUCUCUCGGCUAAUGGAAUCCUCUCAAGCACCUAUCAUGGGUAUUUGCCUUGGGCAUCAGUUACUCGCCCUUGCGGUUGGAGCUAAGACCAUCAAACUCAAGUACGGUAACAGGGCACACAAUAUUCCUGCCUUAGAUGUGAUAAGUGGACAAUGUCAUAUAACUAGUCAGAAUCACGGCUAUGCUGUAGAUGUAAGUACCCUAUCUAGUGAUUGGAAGGAAUAUUUUAUCAAUCUGAACGAUGGCUCAAAUGAAGGUAUGAUGCACCGCACUCGCCCUAUAUUCUCCACUCAAUUUCAUCCUGAGGCAAAGGGAGGCCCCAUGGAUUCAUCCUAUUUAUUUGAUCAAUAUAUUGAGAGCGUCAUCCGCUAUAAAAAUAAUCAGGCGAUUUAUCCAGCUAUAGGUAAAGAUAACCGCCCUUCACCAAUGCUUAUAGACAUCCUUGCUAAAGAAAGAGUGGGUGUACAACCUGCUCAACCUACCAAAAAUCAGCUCCUAUUCGAGUAG